UACUAGAUGUUAACCUCUUUUUAAUUGUUUACUGAAUUUUUAAUUUUUUCUGAUGCAUGGCGAGUUAGAUUCUUAGAUGCAAUAACUUAAAGAAAACAGAGAUCAAUUGGGGAGACAAGAGAAAAUUGUAGCAUGUGAGUGAAUCAGGAGCAGUGGUAAUCUUUGUCUGUAUAUCCAAAGAAAAAAAUUUGGGCUUUCAACUGUUCUUCAAAGUUCAAACCCAGAAGAAGGAAAAAAGGAGGAACGUUAUUAUAAUAAUCGUUCCUCCUUAAUUUACUCUGCUGAUUUUGUUGAAUUUUGAAAGAGCCCAUUUACGUGGGUUGAGCAAAACUGUAGCUUUUUGGGGUCGUGAAAGAAAAUUUGGAAAAACAAAAACAAGGGGGGCUUUCGCAGAUCUAAUUAAGCCAUCAAAAGAUACCAACAUUCCACCACACUCCCCCAAUUUCUAUUCCUCUCUUGCUUAAUCUCUCUCUCAUUAAUUUUCUUUCUUUUUAUUUUAUUUUUGACUGCUUUUUUGGGGUGUACAAGUUUGGUGUGAUUUCUUCAAUCAUAUCAUCUGCACCUUCCUCUAUUCUUGCAUUUGCUUCCUUCUUCUUCUUCUUCUUUGUCUCUUAUAAAUUCUAGAGACCCCAGAUUGCAUUUAGAUUAAAGUGGGCUGUUAUUGCUUAUUACCAAUUUCAAUCACCACGAAGAAUCGCUGGCUACAUUUGUGGUAGAUAUAGGGAUCUGGGUGCAUCGGCCAUUUCUGCGGACAUUCUUGUUCCCUGUGGUUUAUUGAUCUGAAAUCGCAUCUGGGUAUGGGCGAUUCUCGGAUUUCUCGAUAGAGAGCCAUUAGCAUUAUUCGUCCAGAUUCGUUUUGGAUUUGCAGUCGCCUCCAACAUUGAAUUCAUUAUAGGAGAUGAUGGCGGGGAACGGGCUGUUCUACCCUAUUCUUGGAUUCGCAUCUUGUUUGGCUUUCAUUUACUUGUCGUUUGGGGAAUUGAAACUUGGGUAUUCCGAAGCGCCCAUAAUAGAUUUUGUAGAGAGGAACGGAACCCAGUUUAUGCUGAAUGGGAAGGCGUUUUAUAUUAAUGGAUGGAAUUCUUACUGGUUCAUGGACCACGCGGUGGAGGAAUAUAGGAAGCCCAGAGUCCGAGCGAUGCUGCAGGCGGCGAGGAAGAUGGGGCUUACAGUUUGCCGGACAUGGGCGUUCAACGAUGGCGGCUACAACGCCCUCCAGGUUUCUCCCGGCCGCUUCAAUGAGCGAGUCUUCAAGGCUUUGGAUCAUGUCAUUGCAGAAGCAAGACAACAUGGCAUAAGGCUUCUCCUUUGCUUAGUCAACAACUUGCAAGCAUAUGGUGGGAAGACUCAGUACGUGAAGUGGGCAUGGCAAGAGGGUGUUGGUUUAAGUUCUUCCAAUGAUUCCUUCUUCUAUGAUCCGUCCAUUCGCAUUUAUUUUAAGAAUUAUAUUAAGACUGUCCUGACAAGAAAGAACUCUAUCACUGGAAUUGAAUAUAGAGAUGAUCCUACCAUCUUUGGAUGGGAAUUGAUUAAUGAACCACGUUGCAUGACCGAUGCUUCAGGCGAUACUCUUCAAGAGUGGAUUGAAGAAAUGUCAGCUUACAUUAAAUCGAUUGACAAGAAGCAUCUACUAACUGUCGGGUUGGAAGGAUUUUACGGUCCAACGAGCCCCAAGAAGUCUACUGUGAACCCGGAAGAGUGGGCAUCAAGACUUGGAUCUGAUUUCGUCCGCAAUUCUGCAAUCCCACAUGUAGAUUUUGCCUCUGUUCAUAUCUACCCCGAUCAUUGGUUCCAUGAUCAAGAUUUUGAAGAUGAACUGAGGUUUGUCUCCAAGUGGAUGCUCUCUCAUAUUGCAGAUGGUGACAUAGAGAUGAAGAAGCCAGUCAUGUUUACUGAAUUUGGACUGUCAAACCUGAACAUAGGCUUCACCCCAGAACAGCGAGAUAGAUUUUACAAAACUGUUUACGACGUCAUUUACAAAUCUGCCAAGAAGAAGCGAUCAGGAGCUGGCUCUUUAGCCUGGCAGUUCCUUGUUGAAGGAAUGGAAGAGAGUAACGACGAUUUCGGGAUCGUCCCGUGGGAAAGGCCAUCAAUAUAUCGCCUUAUUAUAGAGCAAUCUUGCAGGUUGGCAAGAGUUGGUGGAGACACCCAACAACUGAAAGCAUUGAAAUAUGUGUGCUGAGAGAUGGUGAGCAUCUGACUAUAUCUUAUUUCAGAGAAUUCAAUUUGUUCCUGCUAUAUUUUGGCUCUCUACCCUUUGCUUUUUCUGUUUAUACAUAUUGAGAAUAGAUUAGUUAGUUUAACCUAUAGUAUUGAAAUUCAACCAGACCAUAUAUGAACUGGUACAAGCUGUAAUGUUUUUGAGCAAAUAUAUAAGUCAUAAUCUUCUUACAUUUCAA